GUGCUGGAAGACGUGUUUUGUCUCCCUCCCUGCCGACACCCACGUUGUCGCUGUCUCCCUUCUUGGUGACGCUUCGCGGCUCCUUGCCGGUGCCGAAAAGAGUAAAUAAACAGCUAGUGGCCAGGAACAGACGGUGGUAAUAGCAAUAAUAGCAGCACUGGGAGCACUGGGCCCACUGCUGGUGGCACUACCUGCUAAUUGCUGCAUCGGGUACUGCGUUGUUCUUGCCGCUCUGGCAAAGCUCGCUCUCAAAUCAAACUACUUGCUUUGUUUUUGUAAACGUGCAGUGAGACAGUGCUGAAACUGGCGAGAAGCGGUAAAUUACGCUUGGAAAGUGCGCCGUCCCCUUGUGAGCUGUGCGUGUGCCUGCGUGUGCGAUCGAGUCCGUUCCAGUGCAGCCCGUUGGCCAAGGCGCAGGGCAGUAACAUCCUUAAGCCACUAGGAAAUCGAAACGUAGAAAACGCGCGCGCAACGGACUCCUCGACAUCCGCCCUCCCCUCCCCGCCCAUCGAGCGGAAGCAAAACAAAAGGCCAGGACAACGCAAAGGCAAGGCGAGUAGGCGAGAGAAGCGCCCGGAGAAGAAACGCAUAUGAUUUGAGGGCAGGAUACACCCCACAACCGACCAAUUUGCGCAACCAAAAGUCUUAAUCAUUCAACUGCUGCUGCAAACCGUAUGACUGAUUUAUCACGUUGAGCAAACCAUAGCGAUUAUUUCCCUAAGAACUUUACACUAGCUUACAAGCAGAUAUAUACAGACCCGCAUUUAAGGCCGGAUAUAUAUGAGUGGCAAGGCAUUAAAUCCGGUUAUACAGGACCAUAUCGUAAAGCGCUUGCAGUGUUGCAUCCGCGCUCCCGAUCUAAGCAUAUAGAUAUUAAUCUGAAAGAUAGGGAGAGCAGAGGGGGUCGGGAGCGAGAGAGCAGAGAGGAAUGCAGCGGUGUCCCUACAUUCAUGAGAUGCGCGAAAGAUUACUGGACCAGCCACGGGAGACACUGCAACUGGAGAACAUGGAGCGGGCCAAUCUGCUCGACAACCGCCAAUCGGCAUCCGAGUCCAACCAGGUCGGCACUGUGGUCAAGCUGCAGGGCGAUGGAUAUCACACGAGUCCUGCACACCAACGCACCCCACUUGUGCCCCACGAUCUCGGCGAGGACUUUAAUUUGGAUUUUGACGACGAAUUUCCGAUCGACGCCCGACGACCGAAAAAUGCCAAUGGCAAACAUCCAGCGGCUCUGACGUGCCCACAGCAAAGGGUUUGCUACACGUUCAAGCCAAAUCCAAAUAAGUUCAGUUUUAUGCCAGCAAAAAUAACGGUACAGGGCACAUACGAAACAAACCCGAUAACAGGACCCAUCGAACUAUGGACAUCGCUGUUCAUCGUGACCAGCCUGGUGUACGCGAUCCUCCUGAUCGUCGUCUGCAUCGCAUACGUAAUCAGCGAUGUGACCACCCACCGACUGCCGGUUCUGUAUUACGAGACGUUCUUCACAUAUCUCUACGGCGUCAGCAUACUCUUCCUCCUCUACGUCUUCUGUUUCCUGCUGCAGGAGAGCUCUUGUUGCAAUGGCGGCAAUGGUGGCAGCAAACCGAAACCCCAACCCAAGGAGAAGAAGUCGAAGAAAGCCAAAAAUGCCGAUCCGGCCGAUUCGAAGGAUGCGAAGGGCUCAAAGGACUCCGGCAAGGCAGGCAAGGGCGCCGCAUAUCAGGAAGCACCGGUGGACGCCGAGGUGGCCGUAACCCCCAAGAAUGUGCGCAAGCGCAAAACGACCCACAGUGAUCUGACGCACGGCAGCUUUUUCCUGCGAGUGGGAGCCAUCGCUUUUGGAUUGGGCGCCAUGAUAUACAUUGGCCUAGAGUUUGGAUCGUUCUUCGAAAUACCCUUCGACUCGCCGUGCCAUCACAUCCUGAUCGGCGUAAACCCACUGCUCCAGAUGAUAUUCACCUUCAUGCAGAUGUAUUUUAUAUUCAUGAAUGCCCGGACUAGGCCGCCAUUUCAGCUGAACAUCCACCGCUUCAAGGUGAUCGCACGCUUUGGCCUCAUGCACGUGGUGGCCACCAACAUCUGCGUGUGGAUACGCACCCUGGUAAAGGAGUCCCUGCUUGAGAUAACGAUCUACCACCAGAAGAACGAGCCGGAGGCGGGAGCCUCCUCCAUAGCCCACUCGAUAAGGCAGCACGCCCUGCGCCACGCCGGAACCGUGCUAAGGACCCACGCCGGACCCAACAACGAGUUCGAGGUCCUCGACGGCGAGGACCUCCUGCCCAAGGACGGCUACAAGGGCGACAACGUGCUGUCCAAGCUGGUUCGCAAUACCGUCAACGGUAUUUCGAAGAGCCUGGGCAUGGGUGGUGACCAGGUGUUCGCCAGCACCUCUACCACGACCACAAGGGCGCCGUUCACCACUCCGAAUUACCAAUGGCACAGCACUACUAUGGCCCGCAAGUUGAAGAAGUUUAUCACCAGCGCCACCACCGCGGCCACCACGGCGGCGGGCAGCAGUAGCUCCACCAGCAGCACCACCAUUUCACCGACCACCAGUACCACCACCAUCCUGCCGACCACAAGUAGCACCACCAUCUUACCGAGCACCACCUUCAGUCCCAUUAGCACCACUGCCGCCCUUAAUCUCGAGACCAGCGGCAGCGACUCGCCCUUCGGCGGCUUGCAGCACAUCCUCUCCAGCGCCGCUCCGCCGAGCCUGGCGCCAGUCGAUGGGUUCGGUUCCGCUGCCACGCCCACUCCCGUCUCUGGCUCCGGCUCCUUUGUAGAAUCCUUCCUAGCCAGCACCCUGAGCCCAGCCAGCAGCACAGAGGGCUCGGCCAGCAUAAUAAACAACCUUUUCGGCCAGGGCCCUAUGGAGAACAGCUUCCAAACGUACGCAGACCUGGGACACGAGGAAGCCACCGGGCUGGUCAGCUUCGAGAACCUAGAGAGCCUGGACAACAUUUACCCGGCGGCGCUGUCCUCCAAUAUCGGCACACUCAACUCCACCGCCUGCGGACGCAUCGACAUCAUGGGCACCAUUGUCUACGACUCGGCGCCCUACCUGUAUCCGUUCAUCAUCGAGUACUCGCUGAUCGGGGCGGUGGUGUUGUAUGUCAUGUGGAAGCACAUCGGCCGCUACCCGGGGCGCAUGAACGACGAGGACCUGGAGCACCGGCUGGAGGUGAUGCUCUCGCGGAGGGCGGUGGCCAUGGCGCAGCAAGCGCGAUCCGGACGCGUUGACUGCGUCGGCUCGUCGAAGGGCCUGUUCUUCGGGCUCCUGCUGCUGGUCGGGGCCCUCAUCUGCCUGAUACUCUUCUUCGUCUUGGUGCGCCAUCAGCAGUUCUCGCUGUUGGCUAUUUACCUCGCGGACGCCAGCCACUGCAUUCUGAUGGCCUUCGCAAUCCUGGCCAUAAUAGUUGGAUUCAUCAGGGUCAAGAACCUGAAGUUCCGCUGCGAGGAGCAGUCGAACCUGAACGACAUACUGCUUCGCAUCUCAGCUUUCGGCCUAUUCACCUACUCCGUGUUCAGCAUCAUUGCCGGCAGUCUGAAGGUCCUGGAGAGCGAGCCAAGCCUGCUGGUGACGACCACCGGGGGCGUGGCCGUCUUCCAGGUGAUCCUGCAGCUGCUCUUCAUCGCGGACGUGUCCCGCCGCCGCGUCCACCUGCCGGAGCACGAUCGCAGCAAGCCGGGCCGCCAAAUCGUCACCUUCCUACUCAUCUGCAACGUGGCCAUGUUCGCCAUCUACACAUUCGAAGCUCAAAAAGUAUUCGCCAAUCCUGUAAGUAGAUAUGUUCAGCUGGAGUUCUACGGCUUCGUGCCCUGGUCCAUUAUCCAGCGCAUCACACUGCCCCUGUGCAUCUUCCAUCGGUUCCACAGCGCCGUGACACUCGCCGAGAUCUGGAAGACCACCUACAAGGCACGCCUGGAGUAAGCCGAGGUCCGAGUACCGAUGUCUAAAUAGGCUAUAUAGGAUGUGGGAGUAUGAAAAUGCACCAAAACCAAAACGUAGCGAGCCCAGAACGCAAAUAGAAAUCAGUGGAGAGUUAGUUUCUAAUUACGUAUUAAACAUAUAUGCGUACUACAUAUAAUAUACACAUACAUUAAUGCAGAUAUGAGUAUGAUUUUUGUUUGACAACCUAAGCGAAACGAAACGAGAAACGAAACGAACAAACCGAUCGGACCAAUCUGCACGGUUAACGAUUGCCAACCGAUAACGAUUUGCAGGUCGCUUGUUGAUUUUCUUCACUUUAUUUUUUACUUUGUUAACUCGUGGAGGACCUAAGAACUUAAGAACUAAGUCAUAGCGUUACAGUUGACCCGGAAGCCACGGCACACGUUUUUGUUUUGAGUUACGUAUUUAAUUUAGUUUAGUUAGGUUCCGUCUCUAACACACUGCAAUAUCGUUUUACUUAAUCAAAAUGCAAAUUAAUAUUAGUUUCUUAAUUGUUUAACCCUAAUCCGCCUCGGCAACAGAAACCAAAACGAAAUCAAUUAAAGAAUUCACAUUACAAAUAAGAUGGAAAUGAAUCUAAAAAGGUUGUUUACUUUUCGCGUUAUUUUCGCGACUGCGAAUGAGGGAAAUGCCCUUUAAAGUCAAAUCCCCCGGGAACAAGACACACCAAUACACUUAAACAGAAAACAGGGACACAAAAUGCAAUGCCAUGAAGAACGCGGCCACAGGAAGCGGAAGCGGAAACGAAUUGGUGACGUUAACGGUAGCGAAACCCGGAAACGGAAGGACUUUCUCAAUAGAUUCGAUCUGACUUUUCGACCAACCAAUAACAACAGUAUCACGCCGAGCAACAACAAACUGUGAUGAUUUUAUUUGAUUUACUGGUAUACUUUAAUUUUAUUGAAUCAGUUCCGACUUGAUUUACUCAACCUCUUUGUUUCGUAUUAUCCUCAGCCACAAAUCACUCACUGAGUCGACACAACUUUUGUAUGAAUUUAGAAACAAUGGCGCUAAGACAACUUCAUGGCCAAUUGUAAAAACAAAUUCCCCGAAACAACAUAAGUAAAAACAAAAAUAUAAAAAAAAUACCAGAGAAAAUACAACAAAUUGUGGCAUUUAAUGGCCAAAAAUACAAAAAAAAAACAUUUUUAAUAUACAUUAUAUAAAAGUUUAUAAAUGUCCAUUUUUUGAUUAUUAGUAGUGAUGUUAAAAAAAAAAACAUAAAUAAAAAUAAUAAUAUGUAUGUAUGUUAUAGCAAAGAAUCGGAUAAACCAAGAAAUUCUUAAGCAGGACUCGAAAAAAGAGAACUUGCGAAGCAAACGAAAAACUUACCAAGUGAAUCCCCGCAUUUAUAAAUAAAAAUUUUAGCUAAAGCGAAAUGGAAAAGCAAGUGGAGCGGCGAUGAGACGACAGGAUAAAAGGAAAAAACCAUUGACAAACAUCAAUUUGUUUACAACAAUGUUAAAGAAACGAACAUUUUGAAAGAUAUAUAUGCCACGUAUAUCUAUAAAUAUAUGUAUACUAACCCACCAAAUUCAAAGUAUUUCAACGUUUUAUACAAGGAGACGAAGCGCAAGACAAGAGGUCGGGACAGUCAAUAACCUGUCCCCCUCUGACCCCUAACCCCCUACUUCCCAAACCCUAACCAAAGCCCACAAGCCCCCUCCCUAUGAAUGAAACCUCAUCCCAAUUCAGCUGCAACUCAAGUCAGAAGGCAUCAGUUUGCUAAAGACCAAAGACGUUACCAGAAGCGAAACGAUAAAUUGCGAAUCCGAUUAUAAUCUGUAAUCAUAAUCCAGUCUACAAGUCUAUAUAAUGCAUGUUAACUGUAGACGCGGGAGUUUAAGAAGAAUACGUAUUCAAUACUCGUAAUCCAAUCAAAUGUAAUGUGGUAGCAAGAAUAGGUAAACCAAGUCAAAACUCGAACAACCCAUAAGUAGUUCAGCACACACUCAGUCACUCACGAGCGGAUCUGGAUCGGGACCGAAGGAUCCAGAGUCGGGGAAGUCAUAUAUCCAAAGUUCGCGAAUCAAAUUCAGUUUGAAACUUGUACUUGCGUAGGCUUUUAGAAAGUAUACUUGAUUGCAUACGCUACAUAAGUCACAUACAUAUAUUUAACUAUACAUUUAAAUAUAUGUAUAAAAAAGAAUUGUUUUUUCCUUAACAUUUAGUUAAACGUAAGAUUGAAUCACAUUUUACGCCGUGCAGCCGAACAGAAAAGUGAGCAGAAAGAAAUAUUUAUUAAAUGUUUCAACUAAGUUGUAUAAUUAUAAGUGAGAGUUUACAUAAUGGAAUUAUGUAUCUGUAUCUAAGCAAGAAAAACACAACAAGUUGGCAAUUCGAAUAACAUUAAAAUAUUCAGACUAAACGCACAAGAACGAAGAGAUCAACACCAAAGCAGCUGCUAAAUCCCAUGAAACAAAAACACAUGAACAACUUAUAUACUCGUAAGUAUAAAGACAAUUUCAAUAACUGAUUAAUACAUAUACAAUGUGAAAACCAAAAAGCGAAAUUUACAUACAAUUCAAAUACAUUUUCCAUAACCGCAUCAACUAAACAUCAAAUCAAGUAAAUCAACAAUUACAAACGAAUUAAAGUGGAUAAAGGAUCCGACAAAUGUGUUCGAAAAUGAAUAUUAUUAAUUACGGACGAGCGAUCGCAAAUGUAUAUGCUCAAAAACAAGAACAAACAAAAACAACAAAAUUAAAACCAAAAAUUGUAAGCCAUUUUUUAAUCAUUGUCGCAUUAAGGAUAUGAUAACAUGAACGAAUAAAAAAUUCAAGCAUUUCUAAGCGCAAGAUCAUUUUGUUAAAACUCUCAGACUCACGUUCAGCAUCACACUGACAUUCGCUCCACAUUGAGUUCUUUGCAUACGAAUACAAAUUGACAUACAAAAAUGAAGUAAACAUUUGAUGGUAAACGAAGUACAGAUGACAUACAAGUAAUUUUAAAUUGAAUAAAAAUUAGAAUUAAAUAUGUACAACAAA